GAGGCGAGCUGCAGUGUGUCCGAAGCUUUUCUUCUCUACCAGCGGCAGCGGCGGCUGGUAGGGAGGAGGAGAUCGCCACCAGAUCGCCAUGGAGACGCUGGCGAGCGCCAUGCGGCGGGAGAACCGCCGCUUCAAGCCCCCCUCCUCCUCCUCCGCCUCCGCCUCCGCCGCCCUCUCCUCGGGGAGGGUCCCCCUCGUCAUGGCCUUCCUCUCCUGCCUCGCGUGGCUCUACGUCGCCGGCCGGCUGUGGCAGGACGCGCAGACGCGGAUGAUCCUGUCUGGUCUCCUCGAGAAGAGCUCCGGCAAUCUUCCGAAGGUGCUGUCGGUGGAGGACAAGCUGAGGAAUCUAGGAUGCAUUGGAAUUGGGAGGAAGAUUGCGGAGGCAGAAAUGGACCUUACAAAGGCGAAGAGCGAGGGGUAUCUGUGGGGGAAUGGAACUGCUACUGGUAGUUCUGACAAGAAGAAGCUCCUUGCUGUUAUUGGAGUUUACACUGGUUUUGGUUCCCGGCUCAAGAGGAACACCUUCCGUGGCUCAUGGAUGCCGAGAGGUGAUGCUCUGAAGAAGCUUGAGGAGAAGGGUGUGGUCAUUCGUUUUGUCAUUGGUCGGAGUGCAAAUCGAGGUGAUAGCUUGGACCGCAACAUCGAUGAUGAAAAUCGUCGGACGAAAGAUUUCUUGAUUCUUGAAAGUCAUGAGGAAGCUGCAGAGGAGUUACCAAGCAAAGUUAAGUUUUUCUUCAGUGCAGCAAUUGAAGCUUGGGACGCAGAGUUCUAUGUGAAAGUCGAUGACAACAUUAACCUUGACCUGGCUGGAUUAAUUGAGAUGCUUGAAGCCCGUCGAGGUAGCCAAGGACUGUACAUGGGUUGCAUGAAAUCAGGAGGUGUUGUAAGUGAAGAGGGUCAACAAUGGUAUGAACCUGAAUGGUGGAAGUUUGGAGAUUCAAAAACGUAUUUUCGCCAUGCUUCCGGUGCUUUGUUUAUCCUCUCUAACAAUUUGGCACGCUACAUUAACAUAAACAGUGCAUCGCUACAGAGCUAUGCCCAUGAUGACAUAUCAGUAGGUUCAUGGAUGAUGGGGCUGAAUACUACUUAUGUUGAUGACGACCGUUUGUGCUGCGGCAGUUCUAGACAAGAGAAAGUAUGUUCCCACGCAUGAGUUAGCAGCACGCAUGGUUAUGACGGUGGUGUCCUGAUGAAGAGGUGACGCUGUAUAUUUUGCCAUUUUGUAUACACCAAGCGGCUUCUGGAAUGAAAAAUAGAUACAUCAUUUCAAACGCUGCUUUAUCCGAUCAGUAUACUUAAAUACAAGUGUAGGGGAACUAGUUGACAAAAACUAUAAAAGCGCUGAGCUUAUUUUUGGUGGAGCUUCCUGUUUGACAUAUUUGUCGAAAGUCGAAACCAAAUUCAGGGUGAUAGAUGAACUUCUGUUCGAAGUUUAGGGGAUAUACUGGCCUUCUCUUCUCCAACUUUUUUUCUCA